GUACAAUGUACAACGUAGACUUAUAAACUAGGGUGACUGAAAUAUUAAAAAAAAAAAAAAUCUGUGACAAUGUAUGAGAAUAAUGUCAUCGACUUUUACGAGUGUUUCCUUGUUUUAAUUCUAGCAAGCAAGUUUCUUAUUUGUGAGUCGAGUGAGGCAGCCCCAAAACCAAUGUCUGUUAUUGUGCACAAAGACGUUUUGCUUGAUCAGGAGCAUGUCAAAGUAUUUAAUCCACCGUCUGUUUUAACAAAUGCGAGUAAUUUGAAAGUUCAAUAUUUAUGCUCGGGACAAAAAAUAGUUUCUGUUGAAAUAGAAGCUGUUGUAACAUAUAGUUAUAAGGAUGUGCAUUCAAAGUUAUUUCAUAAAUCCUGGAAAUGUUCAAAAGGAUCGUUAAGAACUCGAAAUGUUCCUUUAAAACUUAAUGAAAAAAUUGUGUUCAGACCGGAUUUUAUAAACAAAGACAUAAUUUUUAUUGAUAAUGAUACUGUAAUCAUCCGAGCCUGGAUAAUUGGCACAGAUAUGUUACCGAUCGCAAAACAGAACGACGACGGAUAUAAACGAGCAAGAGUGAAAGUGUUUUAUUUAUCUUCUAUACCACCACCCUACUCCCGACCGCAAAGAAAAAUCUAUAAAUCAUGUCUUAGCUGGAGAUACACAGUUCUUGUGUCAUUGUCUGUUUCGAAAAUCAACACUUGUUCGUAUGAAAAUGAAGUAGCAGAUUUUCUAAAAUAUCCACUGUCAUUAAAUGGUUUGCAAUAUGGAGUUUACAGAUCUGUAAAUAAAUUUAUGAAUGAUGAGCUGGAGUAUAAGAGGAUGCAGCUAGUAAAUAAACCAAGGUUUACAAUAACAGUAUGGGUGUAUAUUCUUGAAUAUUGUACAAGAUCUCUGUGUAGUAUUGUCCAUCGUGCAAUGUGGAAUGGAACUUACUAUACUCCGCUGAUUUUUGUCAACAAGAAAGGAAAUCUUCACAUACAGGUGUCGUUGGCGAACGGGGAAACACGAGCUGCUAUUACAGAUAUAACAAUUCCACGUCAUCAAUGGGUUAGAUUGGUCUUUGUUUUUGACAAAAAAAAGUGGAAGCUUACUUUUAACUAUGGCAAAAAGUUCAAUCAAAUAGAAUCAACGGAGUUCACUUUUGAUUCAGAAGUAUAUAUGGAUGAUACAGAAGGGUUGUUUGUAAUUGGAGGAUCUGAUACAACACCAGGUUUCAGUGGUUUUAUAGGAAAACUAAAAUGGUACAGAAACAAGGCUGUUGAAUCCGAUCAGAUUGCCUUUCCGGAUCCAUACCAUCCCAUGUUUCAGUUGGAUUUUGUUAACAGAGACAAAAGGUGUCAGAGAUUCACAGAAAGAAAUCAAAGACUAUUUUCAGCCUAUAAAACCAAAAGAAACACGAUAAGUGCAGAAGAUACAUGUCACCAGUACUUUUAUCGAUACAUACAACACGAGAAUCAAACGGAAAUGAUCAAGUGUUUACAGUCAGAUGAACCAUUACCGAAGUACCACAAGCAUAUCAGACAGAUAAUGAAAUACCAGGCCGCCAUGAAACACACCUUUAUAUUAACCGAUGCAAAUCGCAUGUUGUAUGAAAAAGGAGUUAAACUAAUGGAGAAGGGUCUGAGAAAGGUUAAAGCAGCCCUACCUAUAUUGAAACAAUCAGCCUGUUUUGGAAACUACGAUGCGAUGUUUAUGGUGUCGGUAAUAUUAAACAAUGGUAUAGGAGUGAAAGCUGAUGAAAUACAGAGCCAGGCAUACCUUCUACUCGCUGCAAGGGGCCAACAUCGUCUUUCAUCACUGUGCCUUGGUCACAAACAUAUGUAUGGUUUAGAUGGAGUGCCAGUAGAUAAAGAGCAAGCUUACCCUUAUCUUAAGUAUGUUGCUGAUACAACCAGGGAGGACAAAGAAAUAUAUAAAAACACUGACGUUUACACAGAAUCUAUAAGACUAACUGAUGAAGAUCAAAUAAAACAGCAGACGGAUGAAGAUGGAGACAUAUUUCAUUGGCUAAAGCUUCAAGCAAAGAAAGGUGUGCUGUCUGCCCAGCAAAACAUCGGCAGAGCUUUAUUUUGGGGAUCACAAGGAUUAAAACGUAACAUUCAUACAGCCUUGCAAUACUUGCGGAUGAGUGCCGAAACAGAGGAUGCACAGUCUAUGUAUGACUACGGUAUCAUUCUGCUAAGGGGACAUGGCACAUCUGUAAAUGAGACUGAGGCUAUGACGCACAUAAAAAAGUCUGCAGAAAAGAAAAAUCCUUCUGCACUGAAUGCCUUGGGGUGGUACGCAUUAAAUUAUGAUCGAAAUACUACAGAAGCGGUAAAAUAUUUUGAGGAAGCCUUUUCAUUAGGAUGCCCUGAUGCGGCGUAUAAUAUAGGUAUACUUCAUUUAACGGGAGGAUUUCCUGGAAAAGUUGUUGACGCUGAUAAAGCAUUGGCAUUCUUUAACUUUGCUGGAGCUAGAAACCAAAUUGACGCCGGAAUACAAGUUGCUUCUUUGAAUAUGAAAGGAACUUCAAGACACCGAAGGCAUAUACAGAUUGGCGUUGAAUGGGCUAGAUUUAUUGCAGAGAAGAAUCCAGCAUUAGGUAUGGUACUUAGAAAAGCGAUAAAAGCCUACAGAAACUUAGACCUGCAGUCAUCUCUUUUCUAUUACUUAAUGGCUUCGGAUGCAGGAUUGGAGGUAGCCUCCUUUAAUAGUGCAUACCUGUGCGAGAGCAGUCAGGAUGGAAUGGCAACAGUUAUAGAGAAAGAUUGUCAAUGGAGAAAUUAUAACUUAUCAACUAUGAGAGAGAAACAAUUUGUUCAUGCUUAUUCUUUAAUUAAAAUGGGAGAUUUCUACUGGUAUGGAUGUGGAAAGCAACCAAACAUAGAAAAAGCAGCGGAUUACUAUACACAGGCUGCUCUUAAAGGUGACCCCCAUGCACUUUUUAACCUUGGUUUUAUGAUAGAAGAAGACUCAAAGCUAACGGACGACUUGUGGAUAAAACUAAAUAUACCUCUUAAGGACAGAACGCAAAGAAACCGGCUUCUAAAAUCACUUUAUACAAGGUGUCAGGAAUCGAAACAUACAGAAGCCUAUAUACCAUGUACCGUUGCGUUGUAUAGAAUUUUGAUUUUAGAACUGUGGUUGAAAUACAAAUUCAUUUUACAGGUUGUUGGAUUUGUAGUAGUCUCAGUCAUCGUUAUUAUUAGUAUGGUAAUGAUCUAUCGCCAUAUGAAUGGAUAAACUAGGGCAUUAUUUAGAACGACGAUAUAACAAAUUAACUGUUCACAGAUUUAGGCUUUCUCUACUUAAUUUUAUUAGAAUGUCUUUCUAAAUCUUAUUAUAUCACUAGUGUGCUAAAUUCUAGGUUUCAAAGGCAUAUCGCCAAUGCUGUAUUAUAUUUAUAAUACAAUAUAGUAUCAUAAAACAGAUUGCUGGCGUUCCAAAGUCAAUCGUUGAAGACUUGCUUGGUGUAAAAAGAGAAAAGUAUUUAGUUUCUGUGGUGAAAACAUGAUUUUGUCUAUGGAAUUGAGAUGAAUAUUUUAAAUUAAAUUUCUUUCGAUAA